CUCAAGCAUAGUAGUACUUACUUCCUCUCUCUUAUCGGCACCUCUAUUCUAGAGAACUAUGGCGCCUCGAGGCUUUACAAACCCCACCCCCAAAACCGAGUCCGCACGCUCCGCCCUAAGCUCCUUCACUUGUACCCUCUGCAACAAGUCCUAUUCUCGCCACCCGGAAUACGAAGCUCACAUCUCUUCGUACGAUCAUCAGCAUCGCAAACGUCUGCAAGAUCUCAAGCAGCUAUCACGGGACCCCAACGCUGCUGAGAAGGCCAGAAGAGCGGAGAGGAAGGCCGAUGCAGAGGCCGGCCUAAGAGUGAUUGAUACCCCCAAAAAUGUCACAGUUCCGACGACCGGGGCCGGAAUUAGAAGUGGAACUAGUUCCGGGGGCGGGGGAUUCAAGAAAGGCGGAUUCAAAAGUUCCUUUACCACUGUCAAGGGACCCAUCGCCCCUGCUGCACCCACGAAAAAGAACGUUCUAGGCGGCGACGACGAAGACAAUGAUGUCCUAGAAGCGGAUGAUGAUACGGCCCAGGGCUUUCGCAACCAAAUAGCCGCACCCUCAAGUGUCCAGCACGAUCAAACGGAAAGCGAUACCGACGAGGAGUAUGCCAACAGUGCAAUAGGUGGAGGGUAUUACAACCCUCGAGAUCCCACUGGUUGUUUUCCUGGAUGUCCUGGGGGCAGGGAUGCCAGAUUGAUCACAUCUGUGGUAUAACGAGAACCGCGUUGAACGUCAUGACUGUCACGAUUGAUAUAGAUUUCGCAUCAAAUGGCCACGCUAGCUUCCAUCACCGAACCAGUUGUAAGGUUUCACCGCACGGGCAAUGGAGCAUGUGCAAGAGAUACUUCCCUCCGGCGCAAACUUCCUUCUCUCCGCAUCAUGUCCCGGCCGAAACUUCUCACAGAAAGAACCCUACCAAACAGUGCCUCCGCACGUACUUGUGGCCUGCUAGUCGGUUUCAACCCAACUCAGUCACUGGCUAUUGUGAUACAGUAGAUAUUACAGAGGAUAUGGCCAUACCAUACUUUGGGGUUCUAGAAAUGCAGCUAGAGGUUGAUUGUGUAAUAUAGUCGUACAAAUACCAAGAAAAGGGUUAGGC